AUGCUCUUUCCGCUCCGCCCGGGUGCGACGGACCCAGAGCGGCCCGCUCCCCCCUCUCGGACCGCGAUGGUGCGGCCCGCUCCUCGGCUGCUCCCCCGCCCGCGGGAGCUUUGCAAAAGUCCCGGAGUUGGCGAGUUGGGCGCUAACUGGUGCGCGCCGUGGGACGCGCUCCAGGGGACCCCCAAAGUCCAUCCCGGCCACCUCGGCUCCGGACUCCAGCCAAGAGUUUUCGGGCUCCCCGGGGGAUAUGCAAAUAGUACUGGAGUCCGGACACUCCCCUCCUGGGAGGAGGGCUGUGGCGUCCCACCGCGAGGCUCGGCCCGGAGGACCUGCGGACUUCUUUUGCCGCCGGGCCUUGGUAUUCCCAGGCGGGAAAUGGGGCCGCCGCUGCGCUGCCCGCGCACGGUUCUGUGCACCCUGGUUUUCUUCCCCCCGAGUUCCCGGCGCUGUGGUGAGGGUUCUGAGGAAGUCGGGCCGCCUCGGCGCUGCAGCCGGCCGGCCGAGGAGCGGGACUCCGACGGUGAUGCCUGUGGCUCCUACAGUGCUCUUCGUUUAUUAAUAAAUUGCUUCCUCUCUGAUGCCCAGGGUCGACGCGCCCUCUUGGUUGCCUUCCUUGCCCCCCCGCCCCCCCCCCCACAUGCCCCCAGCAGCAAAGCUGCUAAGCUGGGGACAAGGGCGGAAGUUACCCUUGGCAGCCAGGUUCUGGUGGCCUGCGGCAUGUGGUUGCUCCCCAAAUACAUCGUCUCAAAGUGGGGACCAGGCAGUCCUUUGUUUGAGCAGAUGGGUUGA